UGUGAUUUUCUUCGGUAAAAUCAAAAUUGAAAGGUCUGCAGAAGAAAGUUUGAAAGACAUUCGAUCGAAGGACCAAAUUUCAAUAGUUUGAAAGACAUUCGAUUUUCAGAACAUCUCUCACCAAAUCUGAGAUCCGUGGAUUUCUACAGAGAUAAAAGAAGUAAUUAGCGUCUGUAGACAUGGAUCCCGAUUCAGUUAAAUCGACUCUGCAGACUCUAGCAUUUGGAAAUGUAAUGGCUGCAGCUGCUCGUGAUUAUCAGAAGGAAGUUGCAGCUCAUGAAAAGGCACAAUCAUCAUACUCUGUUAAUGAGGAGGUUGAUCUAGAUGAUUUGAUGGAUGAUCCUGAGCUGGAAAAGCUGCAUGCAGAUAGGAUUGCAGCUCUUAAGAGAGAAGCCGAAAAGAGACAAUCAUUAACGAAAAAAGGGCAUGGAGAGUAUAGGGAGAUAACUGAAGGAGACUUUUUGAGUGAAGUCACUACCAGUGAAAAGGUGAUUUGCCAUUUCUACCAUCGGGAGUUCUAUCGCUGCAAGAUAAUGGAUAAGCAUUUGAAGUCUCUUGCAACAAGCCAUCUUGAUGCCAAAUUUGUUAAGCUAGAUGCAGAGAAUGCCCCGUUCUUUGUGACAAAACUAGGAAUCAAGACAUUGCCAUGUGUCAUAUUGUUCAGAAAAGGAAUUGCAGGAGAUAGGCUUGUUGGGUUUCAAGAUCUUGGAGGAAAAGACGAUUUCAGCACAAGGAAGUUAGAAGCUUUAUUGAUCAAGAAAGGUAUAAUUGAGGAGAAGAAAAAAGAUGAGGAUGAAGAAGCUGAAUAUGACGAAAGUAGACGUAGGACAGUUAGAUACUCUGGAAUUCAUGAUUCCGACUCUGAAUAAAAAAAAAAAAAAAAAAAAAAAAUAUUAAUUCCAUUUCCAAAUCUUAUCUGCUAUAUGUAUAAUUAAAUGUUUGCAAAUUCGAAGUAUGGUGUGUUUGCAUUUAAAUAGUUGCUAUCUAGUUCAUCAUCAAAAUGUAUGUAGUUGAUUAAACUGAUGUAAUACAUUAGAAAUUCGAUGCAUUUACUGAUGUAUAAAGAUAGAUUUUUCAAUGUGGAUUGCCUUGAUAGGAUGUUAUAAAAGAGAUACGAA